AUGGCACCUCACAAAGGGAGAGGCGGUAGAGAACAUCCGCGAGAAUACAGAAUAUCGAGAGAACUCACAUUUAUAUUACGACACGCUGCUGAAAAGGAGGGAAUUAAAAUUGACAGGCAAGGCUACGCCAAUGUUGGCGAACUAUUACAAUAUAGGAAGCUUAAGGGUCUAAAAGCGACUCUUCCAGACGUCCUCGAAGCCGUUUCCACUUCCGAUAAGCAGAGGUUCGGCUUACUCUAUAUCCCGGACCAACCCACCUCGCCUGAAAUUAGUGCAAAGGAAGAUGCCGCCGCAGGGGAUGAGUCCUCUCUCUCAACCGCUACCACUCAAGCACUCGCAUCGAACGAUCCAGAUCCGAAUAAUUAUUUGAUUCGUGCCAGGCAAGGCCAUAGUAUGAAAUGUAUCGAUUCUGCUUCACUCCUUACCCCACUUACCCUCGACAACCCAUCCAUCCCAAUACCGGAAACCGUCGUUCAUGGAACCUACCAUGCUACAUGGCCUAAGAUACUUGAGAGUGGUGGGCUGCGAUGUAUGGGCAGGAAUCAUAUACAUUUUGCCAGCGGGCCAUCAAUAACUUCAAUUCUACCGAAUGGCAGAGAUGGGGAGAUAGUGGCUCCGUCAGGUAAAGGGCGCGGGCAAGAAGGUGUGAUUUCGGGGAUGAGAGCAGACGCUCAAAUAUUGAUAUAUAUUGACAUUAAACGUGCUUUGGCUGCCGGUUGUCCAUUCGGCAUAAGCGAGAACGGCGUGAUUCUGAGUGAGGGUAUGUCGACGGAUGGGACUGAAGAUAAGAAGGUUGGGUUAGAAUUUUUUGAUAUCGUGGUGGAGAGGAAGAAUGGUCUGGGCGUUUUGUGGGAGAAUGGGGAGCUGGUGAAGGAAUCGCCAGAUUGGAUGUUAACUGCAAAGGCUCCAGUGGGAAAAGGCGGACAGAGGCAGAAGGGAGGAAAGGGGCAAUCAUCGGCUCCGCGACUGAAGGUAGAGAAAGAUACAGAUCGUAUAGAAGAAGAUUGA